AAACAGUGCUAAUGAAUUCCUUGAAACAUCCAUCCUAUUGGAUCGUGAGCGGUCUAAGCCAUCCACAAGGACAACACAAAGAAAAAACAUCCAUCCAAAGAACGCAACACAAAAAAUUCUUGAAUUUGAACAUUUCCAACAAACCUUACACCAAGCGGAUGGCUUGUUGCAUAUUCAAGAACUGUUUUAACCGCCCGGUUCCCUACUCGAACAUAACGUUCUUCAACGUUCCCAAGGACAGCAGACGCCAGCAGUGGUUGCAGCGUUCCGGAAACGAUGAAGUUCAAAAUCUACCGUUGACGGCGCGAAGGCUCGUUUGUGAGGCUCACUUCGAAGAACGCCAUCUCCGGAAGCAGUUUCAUCGGACCACACUCAGUCGAGAUGCGGUUCCUGUGAGCUAUUGUACCGUAUUCCAGCUGAAGAGAGAUUCUCAAGCAGGCCAGCAACACCGGAACGACGACGGUGAAGGUCUACAGUUGGAGGAGGUUGAAGCGAUUCAAACUGAUUUUAGCGUUCAAGAGGUUCCCACCGGAAGUGAAAAUGAGGAAAUCCAGUAUGAAGUGAUCGAAACGGAAGAGUACCUACUAGAAGAAUUGGAAUUGUCGGAUGAACUGAACAUACUGGGACAGCAGGACACUAGUAAACGGAAGCGCUACGAAACGAUCUCAACGCAGACCGAUGAUCUUGAAAAGCUCGGCCAAAGCCCACCUUCGAAAAAGAUCAAAUGCGAUCGCACAAUCAGCCUAACCAUCGAUCGAGCUACCAAUACCGAGCCUCUUGUCACUGAGACCAUACCGGUUAAAUCUCCCGAAAAGAGCAGCACUAUGGAACAGUCCACGCAGACGGACGAGCAAAAACCGCCACUGAAUCCGAACACGCAAAAAACUGAAGAUGAAUAUUUUAUGCUCUCGCUGCUUGAACCCCUGCAACGGUUGCCACUGGAAAAACGAGCCAUCGCGAAGGUCAAGAUGUUGACCUAUUUGGUGCAGUUGGGGUGUGGCAUGGGGGAUGUGCAGUUGUAG